AUGAUACUCAACACCAGUUCACUGUGCCAUAUACAUACAUCUGCACAGAAAGGUAGGAUUAAGUGCUUAUAUUGUACCUUGAUGGGUAAAGCACACACCAUGUGCUCAGCUAGUGAGAUGCCUGCAAACCAUUGGGAUGAAUUCAUCCUCACUGCAUGCUAUCUUUCUAAUCACACGCUUAUCUUCUCCCAGGCUGGUCAUACACCCUAUGAAUGUUGGUAUGAUCAGAAGCCUGACCUGACUCAUCUUCGCAGGAUUGGAUGUCAUACUUUUAUCCUAAUCCAGAACCACCACAACCCAAAGAUCUAG